AUGCCAUCUGCGGUCGCACCUAACGUGGCUCCGGUGAAGGUGCUCAUCAUAGGAGGUAGUUAUGGAGGGUUGGGCGCCGCACUGAACCUGCUGGAUUUUAGCAAGGGCAAAUAUUCAAGAUUCUCGGGGAAGGUGGGAAAUGAUCCAAAAGCCGGACCUGAAUCAAGGGUUCCUGUACAGAUCAAAAUUGUGGAUGAGAGAGACGGCUAUUAUCAUCUGAUUGGCUCCCCACUGGGCCUUGCUUCAACACCCCAUGCCGAGAAGUUUUGGACGAAAUUCGACGAAAUUAUAGCUCUUCGUGAUCCCUCAAUUACGGUAGCCCAAGGUAGUGCCGUCAACAUCAAUGCUACUACAAAGACGGCGACAAUUUUUGACAGCAAGUCGGGAAAAGAAUACGAGGAGAAGUACGACUUUCUAGUCGCAGCUAGUGGGCUAAGAAGAGAGAAACAGGUCGUGCCUCAAGAGAAAACAAAAGACAAAUACUUAGUGGAGGCAGCGAAGCAAAUUGCGGCUGUGGGUGUGGGUGAGGGUGUAAAGAAUGGCAAGGGUGUUGUUGUUAUUGGUGGAGGAGCCGUAGGCAUUGAGAUGGCCUCAGAAUUAGCAGUCGUUCAUCCAACCCAACGCAUAACCUUAAUUCACUCCCACGAUCGUCUUCUUUCCUCCGAGCCUCUACCAAUCGAGGUCGCAAAUCUUUGCCUUACCUCGCUACGCGAACAGGGUGUCGAGGUCGUUCUCGGGCAACGUGUGGAAUCAAGUGUAGAAGUCGAGGAAGGAAAGUACAAACUGAGAUUAAGCAAUGGAAACGAGCGGACAGCUGGAUUCGUUAUUUGGGCAAUAUCAAAACAACAUCCCAGUACAGACUAUCUUCCAAAGGAAGUCCACAAUUCAGAAAGCGGGCUGGUAGUGAUCAAAGACACAUUACACUUUAACGCCCCAGGUCCAUUCUCCACAAACCAUUUUGCAAUCGGCGAUCUCGUCCAAUGGUCCGGAAUCAAACGUUGCGGUGCAGCUAUGCACAUGGGAUUCCUCGCCGCAAACAACAUCUACCAAGAAAUCCUGGUUUCUCGCGGUGUCAAGAAAGAACCUACAUAUUUAACGUACCCAGAAGUUCCAGCUAUGAUUGCGCUUGCGUGUGGAAAACAAGCUAUUUCUUACAGCGUGGAAGACGGAGCGAAGGUCGGAGAGGAUAUCAUGGAGGUAUUCUUUAAUGAUGAUUUAGGGUUUAUGAUCUGUUGGAAUUAUUUACAGCUCGGUACACCAAGUGCGGAAAUCGAAAAAGGAAACACGGAGAAGGAUAUACAGAUAUUAGAGGAACAGGUCAAUGACUUGAGCGUUAAGGAGAAGAUGAUUGCGGGGGCUGUGAUCUCGGCUGCUUGA